CUGAAUUCAUUGUAAGAGAAAACAGUUUGUAAGAAACACAGAGUGAGUGUGUCUGGUCAAUUGAGAUGGAGAGGAUCCAAACCAAUAGCCCAAUAUUAGCUAUAAUGGAGCUGGCCAAUCUUGUCAGUGUCCCCAUGUCUCUCAAUGCCGUUAUUAAGCUCAAGGUGCUGGACACAAUUUGGCAGGAUGGAUCCAACAACCCCCUCUCCGCGGCGGAGAUCUUAUCUGCCAUCGCGCUCGGCCCUGCCGGUGAUGCUGAGAACCUGCAACGCAUUCUCCGAUUGCUUACCAGCUAUGGAGUGUUCGAUGAACACAUCGGGAAAGAUGGCCGAGAAAGAAGAUAUUCAUUGACGGAGGUGGGAAAGGCCCUAGCAGCUGAUGAGAACGGCCUAUCGUACGCACCCUACAUACUCCAGCACCACCAAGAUGCACUAAUGCUGGCAUGGCCACGGGUGCACGAGGCCGUGCUGGAUCCGUCAUCUGAGCCAUUCGUGAAAGUUCAUGGCGAGCUACCUUACAGUUACUACGGCAAGAAUCCUGAGAUGAACCUUCUGAUGCAGAAAGCCAUGUCCGGUGUGUCUGUGCCGUUCAUGGAAACGUUUCUGGAUCGCUACGAUGGAUUCCAGGGAGUGGAGACACUGGUCGAUGUGGGAGGGAACUCAGGGGAUUGUUUGAGGUUGAUCAUGAACAAAUAUAAAAGUAUUAAAAAAGGUAUCAAUUUUGAUUUGCCGGAGGUUGUCGAGAAAGCACCCAAGAUUCCUGGUAUUGAGCAUGUUGGCGGCGACCUGCUCAAGUCCAAUAUUCCACCCGGUGAUGCUAUUUUUAUGAAGUGGUUAUUAGUGACAUGUACCGACGAGGAGUGCAAGCAUAUCCUGAAGAACUGUUCCGAUGCACUUCCGUCGGGCGGAAAACUAAUUAUAUGUGACCCGCUAUUGCCCAACCACACAGACGACAGUCAUAGAAGCCGAGCCAUUCUUGAAGCAGACAUAUACAUCAUGACAAUGUACAGGACUAAGGGAAAGCAUAGGACAGAAACGGAGUACCGAGCACUAGGCGUCGCGGCUGGUUUCACUAAUCUAAAGGCAAACUUCAAAAUAGAUAAUUACUUCACUGUUUUGGAAUUCGAAAAAUGAUUUAGAUUUUGAUAUUUUUGUGAGGGUUGUGAUUUGAUGUCAUGGCUGUCUUAUGUACUAAUGUUCAAGAUUAGUGCGUGCGUGUGUGUUUUUUUCCUUAGUUUUAAUAGUAAUUGUUGGUCUACGAGAUCAUUUUACUGCAAGUAAUAAACUUUGUCAUUUACAGCAUUGA